AUGAUCCUCUCAAAGUCUGUCAUUGUAAAUUUAAAUGCAAAGUGGCCAACUACCUCCUUGAUAGCGGAAAUGAGUGAGUUUUUUGCAACGAGGAAUGCUGAGUUAUAUUGGACCUUUGUGGAGGGAACUACCAAAUUUGAGUUCAAUCAAAAAACAUAUAACAGUUUUGAUAGCUACAAAACAGCAUUGUCUGUUGCCGAAAAUUUGCUGACUUCAAAGCAAGUUUCUUUGCUUAAGUUUUACCUUUCCCUUAGGUACUUCUCUCCUAUGGUCCAAAUGCAUCAAGAGAUUGCAGAUGAAAAAUUAUCUUCCUCUGGACAUUGUGAAGUAUUCGUUGAGGUAGAAAAUUUUAUAACCUGCGAACUCAUGGCAUUUAAAGCAUUCAUCAGAGCUAUAAACUCAUCUCAUCCAUUGGUGUUGAAAAAUGAUCACAUAUAUCCAACUAAUCUUAAAGACGGAAUUCAUGUCAUUCUUUAUGGACAGCUGGGUACCAAAUCAUUCAAUUUUUGGCACGAUGUUUUAAAGCAAAUGUCCAAUGAUGAAAAGAUUAUUUACGUUCAUCGGCAUUUCCUGAAAACUGCUGCCAGUACCAAAUGCUCAUUGUCUGGCUUCGGAGUUGAAUUAGCAAUUAAAAGUACAGAGUAUAAAGCCAAAGAUGAUUCUAAAAUAUUAGAGCAAUCUGAUAAAAAAAAUGAAAUGAAGAAAGAUGAUGUUAUUGAGGGGUUUAAUUUUUCUAAACUCAGGGAAAUUCAUCCUGAUUCUGAAAAAGAUCUCACUGAAUUCCAGCAAUUUCUCAUUGAUGGUUUAAACGACAUGGCGCCUUUAAAAGUUUGGCAACUUCAAGAUUUAAGCCUGCAACUUGCUCAAGUGGUUUUAAAUGCGAAAGAAAAUGCCAUGCAUGUUUUAGUUGAUUUGUGCCAAAAUUUCCCAAGUAAAACCAGGGAAUUAAUCAAAGUGACUGUUAAAGAUGAUCUUCGCAAAGAAAUUAAAGAGAAUCAAAAGUAUUUGGAACAGGCGUUGAAUUUGUAUCCCGGAGAUUCGGCUUUUUAUAUCAAUGGUCUGAAUGUGGGAACAGACAUCAUUGAUAUUUUCAAUAUAUUGGACGUCGUUGAUACUGAAAUGAAACUGUUAGAUGGCCUCCAUCAGGUCAGUCUGCAAUUCAACACGACGUUCCAAAAGUUAUCUGCGCUACUGCAUGUGGAUUUCAAGGAAGCAGAUUUAAGUUACGGCCUGGAUAUUAGACAUCCUUCUAUUUGGUAUAUUAACAAUUUGGAAUCAGACGAGCAGUAUCGUAGUUGGCCAGGCAGUGUACAGGAUUUGUUGAGGCCAUCUUUUCCCGGAAUGCUCAGGCACAUUAAAAAGAAUAUGUUCCAUCUGGUAAUUUUCUGUGACCCUGUUGAUAAAAAGAGUUUGGAGAUUUUGAAAAUGAUUGAAAAUUUUUAUUUCCACAGUGCUCCAGUGAGGAUAGGAUUGAUGCUGGUGUCACUGCAGGAAGAUGAGGCAAAAAGAAAUUUGUCCAAUUCAAUUAUCCAGAUGUUCGCUGCCAUCCACAAGUCACGUAGUCCAAUCGAUGCUCUCCAAUUUCUUACAAAUUUUGAUGAGAAACUUGGUGAAGAAGAAAAUUUGACGUUUGAUGCUGCUGUUGAAUAUUUCAAGACCAAGUACUCUAAUGAAUGGUCUGAAGUGCAGUCGGCAGAUCAUGCUCUCUACGACCUCCAAGAAAGUGAGGAUUAUUUUUGGCGAACUGGUUUAAUGAAACUGCCGCAGGUGCUGUUGAAUGGCGUUCCAUUCACGGAGGACGAGGUCAACAAUGAAUUCGAUGAAAAUGUUGUUAGAAAGCUUCUGAAGCAGACAAAUGAUUUCCAGAAAGCUGUUUUCAAUGUCGCAGGGCCCUCUGGUCUCACAAAUGACAUUAUCAAGCAUCUGGUACUGCAGAAAAACAUAAUGCCUCGAAUAAAUUCCCAAAUAUUCAGUGAGAACAACGUUUACAUCGACCUCACUCAAUCAAAUAAUAACGUCGCCGUGGCCUCAGAUUUCAGCUACCUGUUCAAAAAUGGUUUGUUUCGCGUUGAUAUGUUAUAUGAAUUAAUAUACAGACCUUUAACUAUAUGGAUUGUCGCCGAUCUGAGAUUUCCUGAAGGCAGAUCGUUGUUCAACUCGGCCCUGAAACAUUUGAAACACACAAACAAACUGAGACUCGGCUUAAUUCACAACAUUGACAGUUGGGAUAGUGCUGAAGAUGUUGAACUGGUCCUAGCUGUUCAGCUGGCCAUCAGCACACUCAAACUUAAUGUUGCCAAGAAUUUUAUCAACAAAAUCUUGAAAGAGGAAAAUGUUGAAAUGCUGAAAAAUCGUGAAAAAUCAUUGAGUAAUUUUGCUGUUGGAAAUAUGGAAAUGGAUUUAUUUGUGGAGAAUUUAAACUCGGUCAUUCCAACUGUUCAUUCGCAUCGUCAAUUUUGUCAUCAAGUUUUGAAAUUUGGACCUUCUGCCAGUGGAGUUAUUGCCAACGGAAAGGUUUUUGGUCCACUCAGUAAAACAUUCUCAUUUGUUGAACAAGAUUUUGAUCUUUUGGAGAAGUUCUCGUAUUCGUCAUUUGGUGAAAAAAUCAGCAACCAUCUAAAAAAUUUGAACAUUGAUGAGUUAAAAUCUUCAGAGUUGGCCAUGAGACUGGAGACUUUGUUUGGACUGAAUGGAAUGAAGGAGGGAAGGAAACAGGUGCAACUGCCGAAACAGUCCGCAAGCGUGCUGAAGAUGGCUGCCAACGAAGAGGGCCCGUCGUUUAAUCUAAUUGCGAUUAUCGAUCCAACAUCGAGAAUCGCACAGAAACUUUCUCAAAUCAUCAUGGUUUUGUGUCAGUUUAUAAAUUGCCAAACUCAAAUCUUUUUCAAUUCAAAGGAAAAACUUUCAGAAUUGCCAUUGAAAAGUUAUUACAAGUUUGUGUUGGAUCGCGAGCUUUAUUUUGAUGAUGACGGAGAACUGCUAAGCAAUUCCGCUAUUUUUACAAAUCUUCCUGAAAAAUCUUUAUUGACGUUGAACAUGGACACACCGGAAAGCUGGUUCGUUGAAUCCAUAUACUCGCCGCAUGACCUCGAUAACAUCUUCAUGCAUGAGGUAGUUGAGAAUAACGUGGAAGCAGUAUUUGAACUGGAAAAACUCCUUUUAGAAGGACAUUGUUACGAUGUUGUCAGUGGCAACCCUCCAAGAGGCUUGCAGUUCGUUCUUGGAACCAACUCAACACCUGCUCUUGUUGAUACAAUCGUCAUGGCUAACCUUGGGUAUUUUCAAUUGAAGGCUUCUCCUGGAUUGUGGUAUUUACGGUUAAGAGAAGGCAAAUCUAAAGAUCUUUACGACAUCGUCAAACAAAAUCCAGAAGAGGCAAAAGACAUCAUGGUGGUGAUGGACAGCUUCAAAAGUAAAAUUAUCAGGGUGAAGGUCUCUAAGAAGCCUGGCAAGGAGUUUGAAGAUUUAUUGUCUGGGGACGACGAUGAUGAUGGUAGUGAAGAUUAUUUUGGACUCUGGGGUUCUAUUUCAAAGGGUAGCAGUGCAACUCCAAAAACUUCAGAUGAAGAAGACAAAACAAUAAAUAUCUUUUCAUUAGCAUCUGGACAUCUUUAUGAAAGAUUUUUAAGAAUUAUGGUUCUCAGUGUUAUGAAAAACACGAAAUCAAAGGUUAAGUUUUGGUUUCUAAAGAAUUAUUUAUCUCCGAGUUUUAAAGAUUUCAUUCCAAAGAUGGCUGAAGAAUACUCGUUUGAGUACGAAUUAGUUCAAUAUAAAUGGCCAAGAUGGCUUCAUCAACAAACGGAGAAACAAAGAAUAAUUUGGGGCUACAAAAUUUUAUUUUUGGAUGUUCUGUUUCCUCUCAAUAUUAACAAGAUUAUUUUCGUCGAUGCUGAUCAAGUAAUUAUUUUUAAUUUAUAUUCACUCACCGAUGCUCUUGUCAAAAACUUGACAUUUGCAUUCGCUCCUUCUACGUUUUGCAUCUUUUUAACUACUAACAUGUUUCUUAGAUUCUGGAAAACUGGCUAUUGGUCAAGUCAUCUUGGACACAGAAAAUACCAUAUCAGCGCUCUGUAUGUAGUGGAUCUGAAAAGGUUCCGAAGGAUUGCGGCCGGUGACCGACUGCGAGGACAGUACCAGGGUCUCAGUCAGGAUCCGAACAGCCUGUCCAAUCUUGAUCAGGAUUUGCCUAACAACAUGAUACAUCAAGUAGCCAUAAAAUCACUGCCUCAAGAAUGGUUGUGGUGCGAAACUUGGUGCAGCAAUGAAGAAAAAUCAAAAGCCAAAACGAUUGACCUGUGCAAUAAUCCUAAGACAAAAGAACCAAAACUAGAAGCAGCCAUGAGAAUCGUUGAUGAAUGGAAGAGUUACGAUGAUGAAAUUAAAAGGUUGUGGGACUCUGUUUAUUCGCAAAAUGAAACAGAUUCAGAGCAAAAACAUGAAGGUCAUGUUGAAUUGUGAUAGAAGAAAUGUUAAACAUCUCUUUUAAAUUUAUAUAUUUGUUAUAGAAUGGUGUAAUUAAUUGAUAGUGUCUAAUAAAUUUUUACUCGACGUAAUAAUGUCCUUUGUGAUACAAUAAAA